UGCAGGCCGCCUCUCUCCUGCCUCAGCUGCUGCUGUCUGCACACUGCCGGCUGAGCUGCUGCGGAGCACUGUACUGCAGGCCAGCAUUACCACAUUCUACCUUUCUGGAGAUUUGGGAUAAAUAUGCAAUAUGAAUUCAUGCCAUUUACUCACAGCCUGAGCGCUAACCUCCUGCAUUUUCUUCAACUGUUUGCUUUCUAAUUUCCAAAGUGGAUUUUGUCCUUUUUUUUAUUUUUUUGCAAGACCAUGUAUUCGUUUGAUGAAUUCAGUGAGCAGAGUAUUUGCCAGGCUCGGGCCUCUGUCAUGGUCUACGAUGAUACCAGUAAGAAAUGGGUGCCAAUCAAACCGGGCCAGCAGGGGUUCAGCCGGAUCAACAUCUACCACAACACAGCCAACAACACCUUCCGCGUGGUGGGGGUCAAGCUGCAGGACCAACAAGUUGUUAUAAACUAUUCCAUUGUGAAAGGACUGAAGUACAACCAGGCGACCCCCACCUUCCAUCAGUGGCGUGACGCGAGGCAGGUGUACGGGCUUAACUUCGCCAGCAAGGAGGAGGCCACCACCUUCUCCAAUGCCAUGCUGUUCGCUCUCAAUGUGCUGAGCACACAGGAUGGAGGUCCAGCUGUCCAACGCCAAGUCCAGAAUGGGCCCUCUUCAGAUGAUAUGGAAGUGCAGAGAAGGCAGGUGAUGGAGCAGCAGCAACUGCAGGCACAGGUGGAGAGGGACCGACGAGCUUCCACAUCAGGUCCUCCUCUCCCUCUCGGACACCCCACGGCUGCCCCGCUCUCUCUGACCCCUCUCUCAGGGGGAGCCCCCCCUCCCCCUCCAGGGGGCACCCCGGGAGGGGCCCUCCCUCCCCCGGGGGGGCCCCCCCGCAGGCCCCCUCCGCUGCCGGCUGGUGGAGGGUCGGUUGCCGGGGGUGAUGACAGUCCGGGGGCGGGGCUGGCCGCAGCGCUGGCUGGAGCCAAACUACGCAGAGUGCAGAGGUCUGAAGACGGUUCCGGAGGCUCCUGCCCCAGUGGCGGCUCGAAGAACGAGGCCAAUCGAACAAGUGGAGGAGGGGGGCUGAUGCAGGAGAUGAACGCCCUGCUCGCACGAAGAAGGAAAGCAGCUACACAGACCGACAAACCAAGUGAAAAGAAAGAGGAAGAAAGCCAAAGUGAGGAUCCCAGCCCCUCUCCUUCCCCCAUUACUCGUGGACCUGGCCAGCAGAACUCUACAGAUCCUCUGAAGAAGCCAUGGGAUCGAGCCAGCUCUGCAGACAGGUCUUCACUGGUAUCAAGGGUUAAACCAGUAAGCAGCAGCAAUGAUAUGGCCACAGAUGCCUUAGAUUUUGACCGAAUGAAGCAGGAGAUCCUGGAAGAAGUUGUACGCGAGUUGCACAAGGUGAAGGACGAGAUCAUUGAUGCCAUUAGACAAGAACUCAGUAGAAUCAGCACAACAUAAUACCGGUGGAAGCGUGGGGGAGUGGAGAAGAGCCGA